AUGUUAUUUGACUGCACUUUGCUGUCGUUGCUCGGUGCCAUGGUAGCAGCUAUUGGCCUCUACCGCGUGGUUCAGUUUGUACAUUUAACUUUCUUCAGUACCGGCCACGACCUCAAACGUCGCUACUCCAAAGCUGGAGAUUGGGCAGUCGUAACUGGUGGGACGGAAGGUAUUGGUCGGGCAGUGGCACUUGACCUCGCCAAUCGUGGCUUUAAUGUUUGCGUCAUCUCCCGCACACAAUCAAAGCUGGACGAGGUGGUAGCCGAAAUUGAGAAAUGCGGCACAAGGGGGCACUCCAUCGCUUUCGACUUUGCAACCGCUGGUGAGGCGGAGUACAAAAUGCUUUUUGCGAAGUUGGAUUCGCUAGCGGUUGGGCUACUGGUUAACAACGUCGGUGUGAAUUACACUUACGCCAACUACUUUGAUGAAGCGGAUGUGGUGGAUGACUUGCGUAUCAUUAAGGUCAACUGUGAGGCCACCACACGAAUGACAAAGUUCUUUGCGCCGCGGAUGAAGGCCCGCCGUGCCGGUGGAAUUGUGCUGCUCGGUUCCUUCUCUGCAGUUACUCCAGCGCCUCUGCUCGCAACGUACGCCGGCACGAAGGCAUUUAACGUUUCAUUUGGCGAUGCCCUUUUCUACGAACUCAAGAAGUUUGGUGUGGAUGUUUUGGUUGUGACACCAAAUCUUGUUGUCAGCAGAAUGACGCAAGGCGCAAGCACCCGGGCACCGAAGGAAACGUUCCUUACCGUAGGCGCGGCUGCCAUGGCGCGUCAAACGUUGAAUCAACUCGGUGUUGUGAACCGCACCGCCGGCCACCGAAACCACAUUAUCAUCGAAGCCAUCGCCCGUCUCUUGCCCGAGUCUUUGCGUGGUGAAAAGAUGUUGGCAAUGCACGAAAGCAUUAAGAAGCGAGCAGAGCGCAAGGCGAAACAGUAA